AUGCCGCCAAAAAAGAAAGUGUCGGCAAAGUUGCGAAAAGAAUUGUCGGAAUACGCGAGUCUCGUCCGUGCGCUGCACGUGACGUCGACCCAAGACAUCAUUCCUCAUUUGACUGGCUCUUUCCCUGCUCCAGGGGCAGCUGUACCGACAACAGAAGAUACUGACGCCGUCAUGCAUGCUAUUGAUCUACGCCCUGAUGACGAAAACAUGCAUUCACCAGGACAAGAAGGGCAGAGCGAUAUCAACGAGGAAGAGGAGCACACAAGCAAGCAAAAGAAACCGUCACAAAGACCUUCUCGUGCUCACAAAUAUCAGCGGGAUCAAUGGUCGCGGUGGCCUAUGCUCCGAGACCACAUCUUUGUGCCCGAAUGGUCAUUGCAAGAUGAAGUUCAGGCCAUUGCAGAACGAAAAUUUGGGAAACGAACGCAACAAGAGCCUCUAAUCAACAAGGAGGCACAUCAUCAGGCCCCAACGGUCAGUGACGAAGAGAGAGACAGUGUUGAAGAACAGCUCGAUGAAAUGUCAACCGACGAUGAACUAGACCAGAAUUUGGAGUCGUUAGGCGAAGAGAAGAGCUAUCUACCGACAGGCGUUGCUCGAGGACUUGCGCUCGAGUCAGACUUUCUGCUUCAGCGUAUAUUUGCUACCCUUGGUGCUCAUCGUUAUUGCGUCGCACCUGCGGUGCAAACCCGCCUGUUUCCAAUGGACUGGAAGGCGGUGUUCAUGGCUCUCAACGCUACUGGGGUCGUCGACGAGCAAACUCUGCGAGUAUGUUACGAAAAGAUGGAGAGGUUACACGAAUCAGAAGAGCAGGCCGAUAUAUUCCACCAUGAACGCCGCGAGCAGCGCAUGCAGCACAGGCUCAAAGAGCUUGAGAAAAGCAUUGGCCCAGGAAUUGAUGCCCUUCAUUUAUGUAAGAAUCCCAACUAA